CCACAUCCACUACCGCAUCACCUCAACCUCAGCAUGGGCGAAGCAUUCGCCCCCCUUCUCGUCCCGCGUCCCGGCUCGCUCAGCACCCCCUUUCGCUUGCACCAAGAGGCCUCGUUGUGGAGUUCUGUCGGCUUGGUCGCCAGCCACCACUUGCUUUCCCCGGUUACGCAUGUCACCUUUUCUCCCGUCGCUCCUUAUGAUGUCGCCGCUUCAUCCGGCUUCUCCGUCGAGCUCAUUGGCUCCCGAGCUGGGAAUCGCCUGCGCUCGCUUGCCAGGUUCAGGGACACCGCCUACAGCCCCGGCUAUAAGCCUGAUGGCAAGCUGCUCGUCGCCGGGGAUAGUGGCGGGGGUGCAAGAGUUUUCGAUCUUGGGAGUCGCGCUGUCCUUCGAGAGUUCAAAGGUCACAAAGGCCCUGUUCGAUCCGCGAUGUUUAGCUCGGACGGGCGUCGCGUCAUGACCGGGUCGGAUGACUCUGUCGUCAAGGCAUGGGACUUGGCCACAAGCCGGUUGCUUCUCUCCCUGAAAGACGCAAAUGAUUAUGUUCGAUGCCAGGCCCACUCUCCGGCCUCCCAGCACGUCUGGAUGGUUGGCUCCCUGGAUCGUAAGGCCCGCCUGUACGACUUGCGCUCCACGAACUGCCUGUUCACUCUCGACCACGGUUACCAGGUGGACGACGUCCUCAUUCUUCCGGGAGGCGCCAGAGCCAUCACUAUCGGCGGACCGGAAGUGAAAAUUUGGGACUUUUUCUCUGGUGGCAAGAUGAUCCACAGGCUGGGUUCGCACGCCAAAGCUGUCACCUCUGGAGUGGCUGAUGUGGCGGGGCACUGCCUCGCCACAGCUGGUUUGGAUGGUGUUGUCAAGGUACAUGAUUUAGACACUUUCCAGGCAAAGGGACGCAUGCGCUUUGCGUCGGAGAUUCUUUCUCUUGCUGUUUCGAGCGACGGAGUGAAGUACGCCGCUGGUAUGGCGGACGGUACUGUGGAGGUGCGCUCUACAAAGACAUCUAGUAAGCACAUCUCCUCGGUUCCCCAGAGCACGGCUCGCAGACAACGAGAAUUUGAGGGGUACGGGAGGGGUUUUGAAAAGAUGCGAAUGGAGGAGAAGGGCCCUAAACCGGGGUCUCGUCGAUACUUUGAACGAGGCACACGUGCAAAGCCAACUGAAGACCAAGACUUUGUCAUGAAAGAUUAUCGCAAAGCGGAGCUGAAAGAUUAUGACAAGAGUUUGCAGAAAUUUGCCCAUGGGGACGCAAUUGACCAAGCAGUAGCCACGCGAAGCCCUUCCGUGGUGAUCAGUGUGGUUCAGGAACUCCUAACAAGAGGCGUGCUGACAAGUGCGCUAGCUGGCCAUAAGCAGUCAUCGCUUGACUCAAUUCUAGGCGUGAUACAGCGAAAUAUCCGCAAGCCGCUGUACACUAAUCGGCUCGCUCAGUUGCUGAACGCCAUUCUUGAUGUUUACGGGGCGGAGUUGGGCAAAAAUAUCGCGGUGGAUAGGAAACUUGGAGCAAUUCUGAGCGCUGUCAGACGAGAGGUCAAUGAAUGCCACGACUUGAUGCAACUACAAGGAGCGGCUGAAGCCAUUUUGAGCUCGUCUGGAUCAUGA